CUAGCAAGCUUCAUCCUGAAAAUGGAUAGACCUACUAUGUCGCAGUUGUGGAUGAUUGCAGUAUUCAUCUCUGCUCAAGUUUGUAAACCCUCCUACUGCACUGACAAGAUGUUCAUUACUAAAGCUGCACACGCUGUGAUUGUUAUGGCAGAGGCAAUAGACUACAGCUUUGUCAAUACAUCUUUUAUCGAAAUUCCACUGAAAGGUGUCGAAUUUCCCAUUGGUGUUGAAUUUGACCCAAGGAGUGAACGGAUCUAUUGGACUGACGCAAAACUGCACACCGUUAAUAGGGCUGCGCUAGAUGGAUCAUCGCAAGAAGUCAUUGUUCAAUUACAAACUAUUUCCGGUGAUCAUUAUUAUCCUUAUGGAAUAGCCCUUAAUCUCGACGACGACAAGGUAUAUUGGAUAGACCAAUAUCGUGACGUUAUUGGGAUUGCAAACCUUGAUGGGACCAGUAAGAGGGAUCUACUCACAACAGACUAUAAUUCUAAUCUAAUUGCAAUCGUGUACUCAACUUUUCGAAGGAAAAUCUUUUGGACAAAUAGAGGACAGUUCCCGAAAAUUGAAAUGGCUAAUGCGGACGGGACAGAACGAGUGACGCUUCUCGAUGGUGAUGUGGAUUCUAAUUUCACGCAUCCGACUGGAAUAUGCCUUGAUGCUACCGAACAAAUACUCUACUGGACUGAUACAACGGAGAACACAAUUGAACAUCUGGAUCUAGAUGAUAGACAGCGCGCUACAUCACUUAAAUUUGUGUCCGAUGGUCACCCUUUUGGGAUCGCAAAGUAUUUUGAGGAUAUCUACUUUUCUGACCACCUGUACAACGGAGUCUACGCCAUCGAUUUUCCGGCCGGAAACGUAGCUCUUGUAGACAUGCGGGUUUCUUUCGUAGCAGAGAUUCACAUUUACGCAGAUACGUCUUGUCCAGGAGGAAACUUUUGUGCAUCCACUGGGACAUGCGUUAUUAACCGACGUCAACCGGAUGUUACCUUUCGGUGUAUUUGUGACGAAGGAUAUAACGGAAACAACUGUGAAUCAAAUAUCAACGAUUGUGAUCCAGAACUUUGCAUGAAUGGAGGAAUUUGUACAGAUGGAAUAAACUCCUUUACUUGUGAUUGUGUUGCUGGUUAUACCGACAGUACCUGCUCUACAGAUAUCGACGAUUGUGAUCCAGAUCCUUGCAUGAAUGGAGCAACUUGCACAGAUGGAAUAAACUCCUUUACUUGUGAUUGUGUUGCCGGUUAUACCGACAGUACCUGCUCUACAGAUAUCAACAAUUGUGAUCCAGAUCCUUGCAUGAAUGGAGGAACUUGUACAGAUGGAAUAAACUCCUUUACUUGUGAUUGUGUUGCUGGUUAUACCGACAGUACCUGCUCUUCAGAUAUCAACAAUUGUGAUCCAGAUCCAUGCAUGAAUGGAGGAAUUUGUACAGAUGGAAUAAACGCUUUUACCUGUGAUUGUGUUGCUGGUUAUACCGACAGUACCUGCUUUACAGAUAUCGACGACUGUGAUCCAGAUCCUUGCAUGAAUGGAGCAACUUGUACAGAUGGAAUAAACUCCUUUACUUGUGAUUGUGUUGCUGGUUAUACCGACAGUACCUGCUCUUCAGGUUAA